UGGAAUCUCACGGUGGCCCUCGGAACGGCUUUCUAAGCUUGACCAUCACUCAAGGAAGCCGUCUGGAAUAAAAGCUCCCUGGACUGAGAAAGAGCGCAGCAGCUGAGCUGGAUCCCUCGCUCGCUCAACUCCUACCUGUGGCUCUUCAACCCUCCCCACCUUCUCCUCCUGCCCACCCCACUCUCUGCUCUUAACCGCUCCUCACUCCAUUCUCUCCUUGUCUUUCCGCUGCCCCCUUUUCAGCCCCUCUCCGAAUCCUCCUCUUUAGUUAAGAACUAACUGUUCCCCACUCUUCCUCUCCCCACCUCCCCGAUCUUGUCCCUUCCGUUUCUCCUUCUCUCUCCCCCCGUAUCUUGCCAGCUUCUCUCCUUGCUCCCUGUUCUUCUUCUCUUUCUUUCACGCUACCGUCUACACUUCUUUUCUCCUCCCCUCCCCCUGCCUCAGCCCUCAGUGUUUGCUCUUCUCCCGGAUGCGGAUGAAAGGGUUGGCCUGCCCGUGCCCUGCUCUACCCAAGUUCUUGGAACUGGGGACCUGCUUAAUGGCUGAGGGUUCCAGGACUCAGGCGCCAGGUCAAGGGCCUCCUGUAAACAUCCAGUUUCUUCGUGCCCAGUAUGAAGGUCUGAGGAAACAGCAGAGGACCCAGGCCCACCUAAUGGUGUUCCCUAAAGAAGGGACCAUGCCUACUCCGGCUGAAUCGAUGACCAGUGCUGUUUGGAUUAACAAGGAGAGAAGGAGCUCGCUGUCACCAGAGGAGACAGACUCCGAGGCUGAGGGGAUGCUGGAGGAAGGGGACAGAAGCUGCCAUCAGGCUUCUGAAACUCCAUGGCACACAUACUUAGAGCUGCAUCGCUUGGUUCAAACCUUCCAUCUGGAAGCCGGUCACCAAGGGAACCCCAAGGGAUACCUUGUGGAGCCAGAACCAAGGUUCUCACCCGAGGGAGACACUGAUGUUUUGAAAAACAAUCAGAAGACACAGCAGGAAGUCAAAAUCCCAGAGGUAGCCCAGUGUCAAAGUCAGGAGGGCUGUGCCCCACUGCAGGUAGCAGGCUCUAGAGCUCAGUAUCUUUCUUCCACAAAGCAUUUAAGGUCUGGAAAACCAGCUUACUAUCCAUUUCCCCAGAGGAAACCACCCAGGAUCUCCCAAGCUGCCCGGAACCUGGGCUUAUAUGGCCCACCCUGAAGCUUUCCACUAAAUCUGAUAUCUCAUCCCUGUGGCCACUAACGAGGAACCACGCAAAGCCGCAACCAGAGCCCUGUACAAUGAGCAACAGUUGGGCCACCUCAGUUUUGGAAUCACGGGAAGUGAGCUUCUUCAUGGACACACGUUUAUUUUCCUUCUAAACUCAAGAGAUCACCCAAGUCAGACUGAGUACCGCCAGGAUGAAAGUGCUCCCUUAACCACCAGCCCAACUUUAAUCUUAUAAGAAACGUCACUAAGUAACCCUAUAGAUGUGCCUCUGUAGCUGGGAUCAAUACAAUCCUUGGUCCCAGAAGUGAAGCAGGACCUUUAGCCAGUGGGAUAUCUUCACAGUGUCUGGGAGUCUAGGGUUAUAGGAGCUCACCUCCCCUUCCCCAAUACUUUCUGAUUCUUUGUAUAUGCUGGGAGGGUCUCUGAGAACUUAGCACCUUUCUUUCUGGUUCUUCUGUCUGGGGACUUAGAGACCAUCCAGUUAGUAGUGGUGCUCACAUCUUCCCAUCUUGAGCCUCCCAGACUGUGGUCGGCCUGGGUAAAAAGGGUGAGACAGCUCCCCAAUAACAUCUGUGGGUUUAAGGAGUCUCUGGGAAAAGGAUGGUUUCUUUCACUGGUCACUGAGAUGGUCCAUCCCAGCUUCACUACAAACCUAUUUCCUGUCAGCUUUUCCUUCUAUAUAUUUUUUCCCACUCCUUGUAUCCGUGUUCUCUUCUGCCAAUUAACUUCUUUCUAAAAUCCACCAAUCAUUAGCCAGGUGUGGCGGCAAAUGUGUGGAAUCCCAGCCACUGGAGGAAAAGACAAUCGGGAGUUCACGACUGCGUUACGUGAGGCCCUAUCUCCAACAAAACAACAAACCAACCAAAAUAGCUGUCGGUGUUGAAAGUAGUAAUGUUGUAAUCGCAGCCUAAGGGAGGAGCCUCCUGCUUGGGAGAUCGGUAUCUCCACAAACUACCUCCUUUGCAGCCUGUAGGAUCACUCAGGUCCUUCCUGAAAAGCAGGACCCAAAAGAACACCAGGAACUGAUGGAUAGACAGACAUGAGCAGGUGGGGCUCCGAAGGGGAUGCAGGCACAGGAACCAGGGCGGGUUCCCCUAUCCUGUGGGUUUCAGAGGAAGGGGCAAGUCACAUGGUCAGUCUCUCUCUGAUUUGUGGGUAGCAGAGGGAGGGAAGAGCAUUCUAGAGUAGGAAUUUGGGACUCUGAGGAUUUGAGGGGUCGGGAGGAAAGGGCACUUCUAGUUGAGGUGUAUCCAUUAUACAUCUGUAGGAUGUGUCACCACGAGUAGCCCCUCUAGUAUCCCAGUCUGGUGUCUGGUGGGCAGAUGUGUCAGCACAGGUAGUCCUCUGGUGUCCCUGAAACUGGCAACUUAGUCCAAGGACACACACACACACACACUCCCACCCCUCAGAGCCCAUGAGCCUGUAAACAAACUCCCCAGGUGCCUAAAUUCCAGGAGAAUCACAGGUACCAGUCUCAAUUCACCACUUAACUUUAGGAAGUCACUUCUAUUCCUUCGGUAAACAAUAAAUUCAAUACUGUUGUUUUUUAAUACUCCAAUGAAAUUCAAGAACAUUUUCUGAAAAAAACCAACUUUGUCUUUUGGUCCUAAUUUUUUUUCUUCUCAAUUCACAUGUAAUUGUUUUCUGGUGCUGAUAUUGUAUGUGUCUUAUAUACAAAUGUGUGUGCCCAUGUGUGUGGAACCGAUA